CGCCAUGACGAGAACAUCCGGGCAGGGGUUCUUCCCCGGCUUCCCUGUCGGUUUCGACCCAGGUUUCGGUCCAGGAUUCGGACCGGUGUUCGGUCCAGGUUAUGGCCCCGGCUUCGGUCUGGGUGGGUUCGCGGGUGCAAGAGACCCUUUCAUGGGUCCGCCGGUGUUCAGGUUCGGCGAUUCCAUGGAUUCAUUGUUCUGCCGGAGCAUAACGCCCGAAUCGAGAUACAGACUCACGAUUGAAACCGAGAACUCGACCCACACAGUGAACGUCACGGGUCAAGACGUGCUCGACUGCUUGACUGAGGAGCACAGACGAUGCAGCGCCGCAGUGAUGUUCAACGACGAUUUCUUGAACUGUCUAAGCGACACGAACAACGACGACUCGGAUUCGACCGAAUCUUCUAUGGCGGAGAACGAAACCGAGGCAACAAGUUUGAGCACUGACGCGGUCAGCGCAACGACAGGAGCGAGUUCCAUCGACGCCACGGAGACGUUUACUGUUGGCACGCCAUCUACCGCACAACCGACUGCAGAAAACGCUGAGGGCGAAAACGUGAAUGUUAUAUAAGAGGACUGAAGCAAGCGGCGCAGUCAACUCGAUUGUUUCUUAGAAUAAACCCGAGAGUCUCUCGUU